AAAGAAGAAAGUCAAGACAAUUGAAAGCAGGAUGCUGCCCAUCACACACUACCUGUUGCACCUGCUGGGGCUGGAGAAGACGGCCUUCCGAGUGUAUGCUGUGUCAGCUCUGCUGCUCUCCCUCCUUUUCUUCCUCUUCCGCCUGCUGCUGAAGUUAUUCAAAUUAUUCUGGGACUUCCGAGUCACCUGUCGCAGGCUGAGCUGUUUCCCGGAGCCUCCUGGCCGCCACUGGCUGCUGGGCCAUAUGACCUUGUAUCUUCCCACUGAGAAGGGCCUUCAAAAUGAGAAGAAAGUGCUGGACACCUUGCAUCACAUCAUCCUGGCGUGGGCCGGGCCUUUCCUGCCUCUCUUGGUGCUUGUACAUCCUGAUUACAUCAAGCCUGUGUUGGGCGCCUCAGCUGCCAUUGCGCCCAAGGAUGAAUUUUUCUACAGUUUCCUGAAGCCUUGGUUAGGGGAUGGACUUUUGAUCAGCAAAGGAAACAAGUGGAGUCGGCACCGGCGCCUGCUCACGCCCGCUUUCCACUUCGACAUCCUGAAACCUUACAUGAAGAUCUUCAACCAGUGCUCGAACACCAUGCACGCUAAAUGGCGGCGGCAUCUGGCAGGGGCCUCGGUGGCCUCCUUUGACAUGUUCGAGCACAUCAGCCUCAUGACCCUGGACAGCCUUCAGAAAUGCGUGUUCAGUUACAACAGUGACUGCCAGGAGAGAAUGAGCGAUUACAUCUCUUCCAUCAUCGAACUGAGCGCUCUGGUGGUGCGUCGCCAGUACCGCCUGCAUCACUACUUGGAUUUCAUCUACUACCUCACAGCCGACGGGCGGCGCUUCCGCCAGGCCUGCGACACGGUGCACAACUUCACCACCGAAGUCAUCCAGGAGCGGCGGCGGGCGCUGCGCAAGCUGGGCGCCGAGGAAUGGCUGAAGGCCAAGCAGGGCAAGACCUUGGACUUCAUAGACGUGCUGCUCCUGGCCAAGGAUGAAGAUGGAAAAGAGUUAUCUGAUGAGGACAUCCGGGCUGAGGCAGAUACUUUCAUGUUUGAAGGUCAUGACACAACAUCCAGUGGGCUGUCAUGGGCACUGUUCAACCUGGCGAAGUAUCCAGAGUACCAGGAGAAGUGCCGAGAGGAGAUCCAAGAAGUCAUGAAAGGCCGAGAGCUGGAAGAACUGGACUGGGACGACAUGACUCAGCUGCCCUUCACCACCAUGUGCAUCAAGGAGAGCCUUCGCCAGUUCCCGCCGGUGACCCUCAUUUCCCGUCGCUGCACUGAGAACAUCAAACUGCCAGAUGGGCGCAUCAUUCCCAAAGGAAUUAUCUGCUUGGUCAGCAUCUAUGGGACCCACCACAACCCCACAGUGUGGCCUGACUCUAAAGUGUACAAUCCUUACCGCUUUGACCCGGACAACCCACAGCAGCGCUCCCCGCUGGCCUAUGUGCCUUUCUCAGCAGGCCCCAGGAACUGCAUCGGGCAGAGCUUCGCCAUGGCAGAGAUGCGAGUGGUUGUAGCGCUGACACUCCUGCGCUUCCGCCUGAGUGUGGACCGAACCCGCAAAGUGCGGCGGAAGCCAGAGCUCAUCCUGCGCACGGAGAACGGCAUUUGGCUCAACGUGGAGCCGCUACCUCCACGGGCCUAAGGGCGCCCGGGCUCCGCGGAUCCCCGGGUUCGGGUUCCGCUCACCCAGGCCUAAGCCACGCCUAUAACGGCCUGGAUCCGCCCCCAAGAUAUUGAGGGCGACGACCAAGCUCCUCCAAAUACGGGAGGAGGAAGCUUUGUGGAGAGCAUCUUGUUGAUGCUGACUUCGUCCCGCAGGACAAGGCCCCACCCCUCGGGGUCUGAUUCCACCCCUUGAGGUCAAAGUUCCGCCUUGAAUUACCCUCACCUGCCUUUCUGCGUGAGGGAAAUCACGCUAGGCCCCGCCCAUUCGGGCUAGGGCCACGCCUUCAAGAUGAGGCCGAUUACCCUGUUCCAGAGGAUUCCGGUCCCUAGGUCCGGCCCGCGGUAACUUCCUUAGACUCACCGCUGGGACUUGAUCCUUAGCUUCUAAACUGAGGAUUUAAAAGCUGGAGCCUGAGGUUGCAGCCCUGAAUCUUCAACGUUACCUUUCUGAGACCCACAGCUACAUGGAAGGACUGUUGAAGCCGAAUCUCAGGAUUUAGGCCGUUUGCUUUGUUGUUGUUUUGUAAACCUGGACCCUUGCAAGCCCCUUACUCCUUAGUCACUGCCCCUUUG